AAGCUCCGCUAUCUUUAGCACUGCCGCGGAUUACAGUGCGCAGUGUGUCACAGACUGCGUCGCGUUCAUUCUCCCGUUGCCAGUCGCGGUGUGUGGUCUACUUUGCACACAAAAAAAAAGCAAGCAAGACCAAGGCAAAAAAAAACCCCGCAAAGAACAUACAAACAGAAGACAGGAGCGAUGGGGGAAUGACAAGAAACGCCGUCGCCGUCAGCGGUUCGCCGUCACCUAGAAGACCCCAAGGAUGCCGCCGCCUCCGCUGCUCUCCAGCCCGCAGAACGGGCGCCUGCGCCGGGCCUCGCUGCUGCUGCUGCUCGCCGCGGUCCUCCUCAGUGGCGUCGCCGUCCGCGGCAGCCCUCCCGCUGGCAGUAAGUGCCCUCUCCAUAUAGAUUGUGCUAAAGAGGGACGCCACUUCUGCAGGCCUGGCUCCUCCCGAUGUGGCCCCUGCCUCUCGCCAUUGGAGGAGAACAAGGAAGGUCGCUGCGUGGUGAGGAAGAGGCACCAUCAGCAUGGUAAAGUGGCGUUCUACCCGGACGUGGAUGAAGAGAUCGAUUACAUUCACUCCGUCAUUGAAAAACAGGAAGUGACAGAGAUCAAACCACCAAAGCGAACCAAACACCCUGUGGCCGCGGCAGCUGCAGAUAAAAGCGAGACGGGUGCCUCCGAACCCAAACAGACAAACCAGGCACGUCUCUUGACUGAGACCCUCAACACCACCACUUCAGCCCCCGCCGUCUCCGGCCCUCCCAACACGCCAGCCCCCCGGCCCGGGGCCCCUGGCGUUCUGGGCCGAAUUGGACCCAUAGCUGUGCCGACAUCCAAAAGUGACAACAUCAUCGUCGUUGUGAUUUCGCUGUGCGUGGUGGUCGGCACUGCGGCCGUGAUCCUGGCAACUGUCUGUUACGUCAAGUUGCAGAGAAACUCCCGUUUGGCUCAGAAGGUGGACUACCCUGCUUUCAAAGGGGCCGGCGUAGCCGCUACCGCAGCCAACGCGCCAUCUGUGGGGGACAACACUUUGGCUCAAAGCGCUCAAAUGUAUCACUACCAACAUCAAAAACAGCAGAUGCUCUCGAUGGGAAAUAACAAACCCGAGCAGAAGGUCCUCGACUCCGAGGUCACGUCCGACGAGGAGGAAGUGGGCGGAGACUUCACGGUGUACGAGUGUCCCGGACUCGCGCCGACCGGAGAGAUGGAAGUGAAGAACCCGCUGUUUGACGACUCCACUUUGCAUUAUCAGGGGAAUUCUUGAACACCUCUCACACACAUAUUUACACACAGGUAUACAAGCCACUUCUCUGGAGGAAACCACUUGAUCUCACAUUGCAUGCAAAUAGAAAUGGAGGAUACUGGCAGAGGUGAUAAAAAAAAUAAAAUAAAGAAGAUUGUUUUCUUGUUGCCCCUCUACUAUAUCUGCCCCCAUAAUGGCAUUUAUCACUACAGAUGUAUGUUGGGCUCCUUGUUAAUUUAUUUCUGACCCAAUGUUAUCAGAGUCGUCCCGGAUUUCGUCUCUGAGUUGAGAUUUUUCCCUCCACCGUUUGUUACUUUCCUUCAUUUCUGCAGCUAUUUCCAAAGAAUGUGAUCCAACAGCAGACGUCUACAACACACCGAGACAGACACACACACACACACAUACAUAAGCAGAAAAACAGGUGCCCUCUCCUUGUUUUGUCAUGCAUAGCUACCGUCUAAACCACAUUCCUGACAGAUCAAAUCUCUGCGAUACCUCUGUAAAAACUCCCUAACACAACACAAGGUUGUUACUGUUGGUGUUGCCGAUUUUAUUCAUUGUCAUAAAGGCUGCACAUAAAGAUUUUAAGAUUAUAGAAUAUAAAUAUAUAUAUAUAUAUGAAAAUGAAGUACUUGAUGACGUCUGUUUGCAUGGUUUGACUUACUGUGUUUGAUUAAUGCUUUGCUGAACUAUUCGGCCUCCUGUAUGUAUGCAUCUUGUUGCUGAAGGAGGAACGUACAGUAAAAGCGACUUCGGAGCACUUGAAUGAAGUUUUGGUGACGGACUAUACUGAUGGAUGCGUAGGUGGUAAAUAUCACUCUGUUGUAUUGUCGCUCUUUCCUCGCUAUCUUCUCGUCGGGCCCAGGUUAACUUCUUGCUGCAAAAUGUACAUACAAAGAGUGAAUGUGUUCACUUUUAUAGAUAUUUGUACAUGCAGACCAAGGAUUGGAAUUAAAAUUUUUACCACAUGUGGAAAUUA